AUGUCUGCUAUGGUAAACUUGGUGAUAGUUGGUUUUAAUAUGGCUGGUACACCAACAACAUCAGGAUUCAGUCCUGCAGGAUUCGUGCUGGAAUUUACUUGGUCCAGCAGGAAUUUCCAUAUCCUGCAGGAAUAUCAGAAUCCUGCAGGUUUCGGUCCUGCAGGAUUCCUGCAGCAAUUGUCAUGGUCCUGCAGGAAUUUCAACACCUUCACAAUUCCUUCACAAAGGGUCGAAUUCCUGCAUGAUUCCUGUAGGACUUUUUUGUAAGAGCCACACACACCGAAUUGGGUCAGUAAUACAUUUAGCAGAUUGUGCUUCUUUCUGUUGUUAUGAAACCUGUUUGUUUGUGUGCGACCUUGCACGUUUCUAUAUGUAUGAUUGCUGUAUGUGUACUAUGCAUAUGUGUGUGCAUGUGUGUCUACAUGCUAUGUUUACGUAGAGUUUGGUGAGUGACUCCACUGUCAUUCCAGGUUCCAACAUCUGUACAUCCCGAGGGGCCAGCACAUGUAAGCAGUGUCUGGCUGUACAUCCUACCUGUGCGUGGUGCUUCCAAGAGGUGGGCCUAAAUUCUCCCUAAUUUGUCCUUCAAUUCUCCUUUCCUGAGGGAUCACUGUCCUGUGUAACAGAGAUGGUUUGGUGAAUAUAGAUUACAUGAUGAGUAAAAAUAAGCUUGCCUAUAACCUAAAGACUCAUGCUAGGUCCCCUGAUCUAAUGCCUAGGCUUAGCUCAGAAGGCUAACACAGUCUUGUAGCAUGCAGAUGACUCCUGUUUGGACAUGUUGUAAUCAAUCUGGUGAUGAAUCACAGGAAAUGGUUAGAGCAAUGAAUUCUCAUUGUAUGACAUGACGUUAGUUGGGCCACAGAAUAGUGUUGUAAUUGUAAUUACUGGCAAUGGCUGGGGACUGCCCUUUGGCAACUCCCUGGCAUGUGUUAGUCCCUUCCUCCCUGAAAUGUUUAUUCAUUUUCUCCAUGAAUUCUCCCUAUGAUUCUAUUUCUGGGUCGUUCCACCAAUUCAGUGUCUUUUGAGAAGUGUAACUUGGUAAAAAAAAACGUUAAUUGACCUAAUUUUAACAUUGUGUUAGAAAAAGCACAUGUUCAACUCUCAAGUAAGUGCCUGUUAAGUGCCAAAUAAAGUAACAGGGUUGACGAUUUCUUCUUAAAUCAGCCAUGAAUCCACUUAUGACAGGGGGAAUUGAAGCGUGUUGUGUGCAGCAGGGAGUGGCAAUUGAAUGCAAGCUUUUAAAAAAAUAAUAUGAAAUUGUUAAAACAGUUCUAGCCUGUCUAUUUAUGGGUAACAGGGUUUACGUGUUAUGCUCGGCCUGCUCAGUUUUCCACCACAAAACACCAGAAAUUGCCAAAAAGAGUACAACCAGCACACCUUUUACUCUAUGAUUUGAUUAUUAGAUGUUCAGUGUUUCUUUUGAAAAAAAUAUUUAAAAAGGAAUAGUUUCACCAUAUUAAAGAGAUACUUCAGGAUUUUGGCAAUGAAGCCCUUUAUCUACUUCCCCAGAGUCAGAUGAACUCGUGGAUAACAUUUUUAUUUCUCUGUUUGAAGCAAGUUGCUAACUAGCGUUAGCGCAAUUGAUAACUAGUGUUAGCACAAUGACUGGAAGUCUAUGAUAACUGCUAGCAUGCUAGUUAGCAUUGGCUCGCGAAACUACCUCUAACUUCCUUCAUACCAGAUGCAGAGACAUAAAAAUGAUAUUCAUGAGUUCAUCAGACUCUGGGGAAGUAGAUAAAGGGCUUCACUGCCAAAAUCCCAAAGUAUCCCUUUAAAACAAGAGUUCAGUUCAUGUAACAGGGUUGACCUUAAAAUGUGGGACAGAAGUAAAUCAAUCACUAAUCACAUGAAAUAAAUAAUCAUCUUCAGAAAUGACUUUGUCAAAGCAACAAAAUAACUAGGGUCUUACAAUGAUGGUGAAAUUUGGAGACAUUUUGGGAUUAAGUAGGUUAAAAUCUUCCUAGAAGUGACACCGGUUGACGGUGGUUGACAUGUUAAAAUGAAGGAUUUUGGCACUUUAGCAAGCAUUUAUUCAUAUAAAAAAUAUGAUUUUUUGAAUUCUCCAUGUGGUCUAUAUUAAAGGGCAUUUCGUUUAAUAUAACAGGCUUUUAAAUUCAAUAUUGGUCCACAAUUUCUAAUCAAAAUAUCAAAGUGAUGCAAAAGUACUCUAUUCGUGGAACGACCCUUCUAUGGUAUGGGGCAUGUCAGGACUUGCCCUUUCACCUCCAUGGCCUGGCUAAAAACAAGAUGGCCUUCCCCACACAACACAUAGGCAGUGUUAUAACUGCUACUUUUAGCUUUGUUGAAGGGAAGGAAGGGGAGAGAUCACUGCACUGCAGCACGCCAUUUCAGGAACUAUAUUGUUCAUGAUGUGUACUGCUACUUAAUACUUCAAGAGCCCCAAAAAGUCACACUUUAUACAAAGUGUUGCCAAACUAUCAACCAUCAGUAAACACUUCCUGUUUCUCUAACUAACUUCCUGGAUUGUUCCAUCAGGACUUUGGGCAGGGGGUGGCAGGCUCUUCUCGUUGUGACCUGAAGCGUAACCUGGUGGCGGCGGGCUGUGAUCAGACCGCCCUUGAGUUCCCCACCAGCAAGCUGCAGGUGAAAGAGGACCGGCCCCUCAGCGACAAGGCAGCCGGAGACACGGUCGACGCCACCCAGAUCCAACCUCAGAGACUUCACAUCACCCUCAGACCAGGUGAGAUUAUUAGAUUGAGACCAGGUGAGAUUAUUACACUCAGAUCAAAAGAGAUUAUGCCUAUUACAUUUUGGCCAAGUGGGAUUAACACAAUGAGACCAGGUGGGAUUAUUACACUCAGACCAAGUGAGAUUAUUAAAUCCCCAGACCAGGUGAGAUUAUUACACUGACAACAGGUAAAAUCAUUACACUCAAACUAGGUGAGAUUAUUACACUGAUACUAGGUGGUAUUAUUGCACUCAAAACAGGUGAGAUUAUUACACACUCAGACCAAGUGAGACUUCACAUCACCCUCACACCAGGUGAGAUUAUUAGACUGAGACUCCAUCACCCUCAGACCAGGUGAUAUUAUUACAUGAGACCCGGUGAGGUCAUUACAUACAGACCAGCUCAUCCCAAAUUUCCACCUCUCCCCCUGUCAGACGACUCCAAGCGGUUCACAGUGAAGGUGCGCCAGGUAGAGGACUACCCGGUGGACCUGUACUACCUCAUGGACCUGUCCUUUUCCAUGAACGACGACCUGUUCCGCCUCCGCACCCUGGGGAAAGGCCUGGCCAAGGAAAUGGGACGCACCACCAGCAACCUGCGCAUGGGCUUCGGAGCCUUCGUGGACAAGCCACUGUCGCCUUACAUGUACAUCUCCCCCAAGGAGGCCCUGCUCAACCCCUGUCACGGGUAAACCAGGGUUAUUAAACUAGGGUUAACUUUGUUUUAGUUUAUCCUUAAUUUAUACAGGUUAAUAACAUUAAGAUGGGAAAUAUAUAUUUUAGAAUAGGGAAGAGGAAAGCUCUGUUCAACCACAUUGACACCCAUUUGCACACUUCUCUCAAUAAAACACCAAGAACUAUCAGUCCUUGUAUAACUCCCUCUUUAAACUUGAGAGUGGUUACAUUUCCCCAGCCCAGUCCUUCAUCUCACCAAACAGUGGCAAGGUCAGGCUGUUGAAAUUGUAGGUUGUGCCUUUAAACUGUUUUGUGUAAAAGCUAGCUGUUGUUGUUGAGUCAUUGUGAGACUCUGUGGGUGAUGAUGCUUAGUCAGCAUGUAGGAGUCAGACAGAGGUAAUCCAGAGAUCUCAACAGGGGUUUAAGCAGCAAUUACAAGAUUGUCUGACUCCACCCUGGUUUAGUUGAACUCGCUUUUCACAGAUUUGAGGCUUUGCUUCCUCUCACACCCACAUUAUCAUUCACUCUCUCUAUUUCUGUCUCUCUAUCUCGCUCGCUCUCUCUCCAAAAUAGAACAGGACUGUAUAUCUACAGUGCAUUCGGAAAGUAUUCAGACCCUUUCAAUUUUCCCACAUUUUGUUACGUUACAGCCUUAUUCUAAAAUUGAUUAAAAAAAGAAUAAUCAGCAUCAAUGUAAACACAAUAACCCAUAAUGACAAAGCAAAAACAGGUCUGUCGAACAUUUUUGCAAAUGUAUUAAAAAUAAAAAACAGAAAACCUUAUGUGGACUCCAAUGAAGUUGUAGAAAAACAUCUCCAGGAUGAUCAAUGGAAACAGGAUGCACCUGAGCUCAAUUUCGAGUCUCAUAGCAAAGGAUCUGGAUACUUAUCAUCCUGUUUCCAUUGAUCAUCCUGGAGAUGUUUUUCUACAACUUCAUUGGAGUCCACCUGUGGUAAAUUCAAUUGAUUGGACAUUAUUUGGAGAAGCACACGCCUGUCUAUAUAAGGUCCCACAGUUGACAGUGCAUGUCAGAGCAAAACCAAGCCAUGAGGUCGAAGGAAUUGUCCGUAGAACUCUGAGGCAGGAUUGUGUCGAGGCACAGAACUGGGGAAGGGUACCAAAACAUUUCUGCAGCAUUGAAGGUCCCCAAGAACACAGUGGCCUCCAUCAUUCUUAAAUGGAAGAAGUUUGGAACCACCAAGACUCUUACUAGAGCUGGCCGCCCGGUCAAACUGCGCAAUCAAGGGAGAAGGGCCUUGGUCAGGGAGGUGACCAAGAACGUGACGGUCGCUCUGACAGAGCUCCAGUGUUCCUCUGUGGAGAUGGAAGAACAUUCCACAAGGACAACCAUCUCUGCAGCACUCCACCAAUCAGGCCUUCAUGGUAGAGUGGCCAGACGGAAGUCACUCCUCAGUAAAAGGCACAUGACAGCCCGCUUGGAGUUUGCCAAAAGACACCUAAAACUUGCUCUGGAGCGCUCAGGACCUCAGACUGGGGCGAAGGUUCACCUUCCUACAGGACAAUGACCCUAAGCACACAGCCAAGACAAUGCAGGAGUGGCUUUGGGACAAGUGACUGAAUGUCCUUGAGUGGCCCAGCCAGAGGACGGACUUGAACUGGAUCGAACAUCUCUGGAGAGACCUGAAAAUAGCUGUGCAGCGACGCUCCCCAUCCAACCUGACAGAGCUUGAGAGGAUCUGCAGAGAAGAAUAGGAGAAACUCCCCAAAUACAGGUGUGCCAAGCUUGUAGCGUCGUACCCAAGAAGACUCGAGGCUGUAAUCACUGCCAAAGGUGCUUCAACAAAGUAAUUAGUAAAGGGUCUGAAUACUUAUGUAAAAUGUGAUAUUUCAGUUUUUUAUUUGUAGUAAAUUAGCAAACAUUUACAAAAAACUGUUUUUGCUUUCUCAUUAUGGGGUAUUGUGUGAUUGAUGAGGGGAAAUAAAUGUUUUUAAUUAAUUUUAGAAUAAGGCUGUAAGCUAACAAAACGUGGAAAAAGUCAAGGGGUCUGAAUACUUUCCGAAGGCACUGUAUGUAGGUAAUAUACUUUGUCUGUACACAAUAUAUACAAUAAUACAUUUGCAAAAAUGUCUAAAAACCUGUUUUUUCUUUGUCAUUAUGGGGUAUUGUGUGUAUAUUGAUGGGGGGGGGGGGGGGGGGGGGGGGACAAUUUAAUCCAUUUUAGAAUAAGGCUGUAACGUAACAAAAUGCGGAAAAAGUCAAGGGGUCUGAAUACUUUCCGAAUGCAAUGUAAAUCAAUGGCGGUCGGUGACGUUUAAAAUGAGGGAAGACAAUAUUUUUUUUAAUGAGCAUGGCCUUAUUUCUAUUACAGCACAAUGGAUGACUGUCAUUCAUAUUCCAUUCACCCAGCUCAAUGUAACAUCGAUAGGUUUAGGCUACUACAUUGGGGCGACAGGUAGCUUAGUGGUUAAGAGCGUUGUGCCAGUAACCAAAAAGUCGCUGGUUCUAAUCCCCGAGCCGACUAGGUGAAAAAUCUGUCGAUCUGCCCUUGAGCAAGGCACUUAACCCUAAUUGCUCCUGUAAGUCGCUCUGGAUAAGAGCGUCUGCUAAAUGACGUAAAAUGUAAUGUAAAAAUGUACAUGGUUCUCAAAUUUUCCCUAUACCCAUCAUGAGGUUGCUACAACCUAGCCUAUCAAUGAAAGUUUACAACGUAAUGAAGGAGACAGACAGUGACACAUUCAAUACCGCCUUGCACACUCUUGCCUGCAUCAACAGAAUCGGCGGAAUGAAUACACCCCUGAUCACACGCAAACACGGUUCACUUUCAUAGUAGCCACAUACUUACAGCAUGAACAUUUUGCUCGUUGCAUAAUUCCUUCUAGCAUCUACACACUCUCCUCCUCUGACCUUUUCCCUUUGCUUGUAGACUUCAGUGCACAAUACAUCAGCUGUCCGUGACCAUGCGAAAAAACCUUUCCAAGACAAACCUUCAUAUCAUAACAGCUAUCUGGUACACACAGUCUACAUACAGUGAGGGGAAAAAAAAGUAUUUGAUCCCCUGCUGAUUUUGUACGUUUGCCCACUGACAAAGACAUGAUCAGUCUAUAAUUUUAAUGGUAGGGUUAUUUGAACAGUGAGAGACAGAAUAACAACAACAAAAAAUCCAGAAAAACACAUGUCAGAAAUUUUAUGAAUUGAUUUGCAUUUUAAUGAGGGAAAUAAGUAUUUGACCCCUCUGCAAAACAUGACUUAGUACUUGGUGGCAAAACCCUUGUUGGCAAUCACAGAGGUCAGACGUUUCUUGUAGUUGGCCACCAGGUUUGCACACAUCUCAGGAGGGAUUUUGUCCCACUCCUCUUUGCAGAUCUUCUCCAAGUCAUUAAGGUUUUGAGGCUGACGUUUGGUAACUCAAACCUUCAGCUCCCUCCACAGAUUUUCUAUGGGAUUAAGGUCUGGAGACUGGCUAGGCCACUCCAGGACCUUAAAGUGCUUCUUCUUGAGCCACUCCUUUGUUGCCUUGGCCAUGUGUUUUGGGUCAUUGUCAUGCUGGAAUACCCAUCUACGACCCAUUUUCAAUGCCCUGGCUGAGGGAAGGAGGUUCUCACCCAAGAUUUGACGGUACAUGGCCCCGUCCAUCGUCCCUUUGAUGCUGUGAAGUUGUCCUGUCCCCUUAGUAGAAAAACACCCCCAAAGCAUAAUGUUUCCACCUCCAUGUUUGACGGUGGGGAUGGUGUUCUUGGGGUCAUAGGCAGCAUUCCUUCUCCUCCAAACACGGCGAGUUCAGUUGAUGCCAAAGAGCUCGAUUUUGGUCUCAUCUGACCACAACACUUUCACCCAGUUCUCCUCUGAAUCAUUCAGAUGUUCAUUGGCAAACUUCAGACGGCCCUGUAUAUGUGCUUUCUUGAGCAGGGGGACCUUGUGGGCGCUGCAGGAUUUCAGUCCUUCACGGCAUAGUGUGUUACCAAUUGUUUUCUUGGUGACUAUGGUCCCAGCUGCCUUGAGAUCAUUGACAAGAUCUUCCCGUGUAGUUCUGGGCUGAUUCCUCACUGUUCUCAUGAUCAUUGCAACUCCACAAGGUGAGAUCUUGCAUGGAUCCCAGGCCGAGGGAGAUUGACAGUUAUUUUGUGUUUCUUCCAUUUGCGAAUAAUCACACCAACUGUUGUCACCUUCUCACCAAGCUGCUUGGCGAUGGUCUUGUAGCCCAUUCCAGCCUUGUGUAGGUCUACAAUCUUGUCCCUGACAUCGUUGGAGAGCUCUUUGGUCUUGGCCAUGGUGGAGAGUUUGGAAUCUGAUUGAUUGAUUGCUUCUGUGGACAGGUGUCUUUUAUACAGGUAACAAACUGAGAUUAGGAGCACUCCCUUUAAGAGUGUGCUCUUAAUCUCAGCUUGUUACCUGUAUAAAAGACACCUGGGAGCCAGAAAUCCUUCUGAUUGAGAAGGGGUCAAAUACUUAUUUCCCUCAUUAAAAUGCAAAUCAAUUUAUCACAUUUUUGACAUACGUUUUUCUGGAUUUCUUUGUUGUUAUUCUUUCUCUAACUGUUCAAAUAAACCUACCAUUAAAAUUAUAGACUGAUCAUUUCUUUGUCAGUGGGCAAACGUAAAAAAUCAGCAGGGGAUCAAAUAUUAUUUUCCCUCACUGUAGUUUUCACCAUAUCAGCUAAUAACGUCAUAGUCAACAUAACAACUAGCUAGUAAACCUGCUACAAUCAUGUAGUACAGUGUACAGUCAGCAAGCAGUUUAGCAGUUACACCUGUGGGCCCCGGUGGCAAUAAAUUAAUAAAAGCAAAUGCUUACCUUGACUUGGAAGAGUUCCAGUGUUGGAUAGCCAUAGCCAGCUAGUUAACAUAGCAUCCCUCUCUGUUUUGAGCCAGGUAUUUUUAGUAGGCUAAACUAGCUAACUGCAUUCGCUAGCGAAGUGAAAGUGUCUCCUGAGUGGCGCAGUGGUCUAAGGCACUGCAUCGCAGUGCUAGCUGUGCCACUAGAGAUCCUGGUUCGAAUCCAGGCUCUGUCGUAGCUGGCCGUGACCGGGAGACCCAUGGGGCGGCGCGCAAUUGGCCCAGCGUCGUCCAGGGUAGGGGAGGCAGGGCCGGCAGGGAGGGAGCUCAGUUGAUAGAGCAUGGCGUUUGCAACGCCAGGGUUGUGGGUUUGAUUCCCACAGGGGGUAUGAAAAAAGAAUAAUAAUGUAAGUCGCUCUGGAUAAGAGCGUCUGCUAAAUGACGUAAAUGUAAAAUGUAAAUGAAAGUGAACAAAUUACAACAAAAUAUAGCUAGCUGUCUCUCUCUCUCUCUCUCUUGCUUCUCCUUCAUUUUUAAAUAAAUUAAUUUGUUCAAAACUGUUUAAAUAUUGUCUUUCUCUCGCUUUGAGUCAACUACUCACCACAUUUUAUGCACUGCAGGGCUAGCUAGCUGUAGCUUUUCCUUUCAGUACUAGAUUCGUUCUCUGAUCCUUUGAUUGGGUGGACAACAUCUCAGUUCAUGCUGCAAGAGCUUUGAUAGGUUGGAGGACAUCCUCCGGAAGUUGUCAUACUUACUGUGUAAGUGUAUGGAAGGGGGUGAGACCCAUGAGCCUCCUAGGUUUUGUAUUGAAAUCAAUGUACCCAGAGGAGGACGGAAACUAGCUGUCCUCCGGCUACACCAUGGUGCUACCCCACAGAGUGCUUUUGAGGCUACUGUAGACCUUCAUUGCAAAACAGUGUGUUUUAAUCAAUUAUUUGGUGACAUGAAUAUAUUUAAUAUAGUUUUAUCUAAAAAUGAUAACUUUUUUAAUGUUUUACUAUAAAAAAAAAAAAAAAUUCACAGAGGAUUGUCCUCCCCUCCUCUGAGGAGCCUCCACUGAUGUAAAUAUAUUUUUAAAAAAUCCCUCUUUGUACAAAUAGAACAGUGGGUUGAAUGGAUGGAUGGAUUGAUUGAUUAAUUAAUUGAUUCUGAUUGAUUAAUUAAUGAAUUAAUUGAUUGGCAGGAUCAACACCACAUGCCUGCCCCAGUUUGGCUACAAGCAUGUGCUGUCUCUGACUGAGGAGGUGGGCCGCUUCACUGAGGAAGUGAAGAAACAGAUCGUGUCCAGGAACAGAGAUGCCCCUGAGGGAGGCUUCGACGCCAUCAUACAGGCUGCUGUGUGUAAUGUGAGGCCAGUGUAACAUCACACACACACACACACACACACACACACACACACACACACACACACACACACACACACACAGUGUCUAACUCUUUAUCUUUUUACCAUUUUUGUUCACUCACCCAUCCUCUGUUGGUCAACCUCAGGAGAAGAUCGGCUGGCGUCAGGGUGCCUCUCACCUCCUGAUCUUCACCACCGAUGCCAAGACCCACGUGGCGCUGGACGGGCGCCUGGCGGGUAUCGUGCAGCCCAAUGACGGGCAGUGCCACCUCAACUCAGAGAACAUGUACAGCAUGUCUACUAUCAUGGUCAGUCGGGUUGGCGCAUCAUGUGUCGUUUGUGUGUGUGUGCAUGUGCAUGUGUACAGUGAGGGAAAAAAGUAUUUGAUCCCCUGUUGAUUUUGACGUUUGCCAACUGACAAAGACAUGAUCAGUCUAUAAUUUUAGUGGUAGGUUUAUCUGAACAGUGAGAGACAGAAUAACAACAAAAAAAUCCAGAAAAACGCAUAGCAAAAAUGUUAUAAAUUGAUUUGCAUUUUAAUGAGGGAAAUAAGUAUUUGACCCCUCUGCAAAACAUGACUUAGUACUUGGUGGCAAAACCCUUGUUGGCAAUCACAGAGGUCAGACGUUUCUUGUAGUUGGCCACCAGGUUUGCACACAUCUCAGGAGGGAUUUUGUCCCACUCCUCUUUGCAGAUCUUCUCCAAGUCAUUAAGGUUUCGAGGCUGAUGUUUGGCAACUCGAACCUUCAGCUCCCUCCACAGAUUUUCUAUGGGAUUAAGGUCUGGAGACUGGCUAGGCCACUCCAGGACCUUAAUGUGCUUCUUCUUGAGCCACUCCUUUGUUGCCUUGGCCGUGUGUUUUGUGUCAUUGUCAUGCUGGAAUACCCCAUCCACGACCCAUUUUCAAUGCCCUGGCUGAGGGAAGGAGGUUCUCACCCAAGAUUUGACGGUACAUGGCCCCGUCCAUCAUCCCUUUGAUGCGGUGAAGUUGUCCUGUCCCCUUAGCAGAAAAACACCCCCAAAGCAUAAUGUUUCCACCUACAUGUUUGAUGGUGGGGAUGGUGUUCUUGGGGUCAUAGGCAGCAUUCCUCCUCCUCCAAACACGGCGAGUUGAGUUGAUGCCAAAGAGCUCGAUUUUGGUCUCAUCUGACCACAACACUACUCACCCAGUUCUCCUCUGAAUCAUUCAGAUGUUCAUUGGCAAACUUCAGACGGCCCUGUAUAUGUGUUUUCUUGAGCAGGGGGACCUUGCGGGCGCUGCAGGAUUUCAGUCCUUCAAGGCGUAGUGUGUUACCAAUUGUUUUCUUGGUGACUAUGGUCCCAGCUGCCUUGAGAUCAUUGACAAGAUCCUCCCGUGUAGUUCUGGGCUGAUUCCUCACCGUUCUCAUGAUCAUUGCAACUCCACAAGGUGAGAUCUUGCAUGGAGCCCCAGGCUGAGGGAGAUUGACAGUUAUUUUGUGUUUCUUCCAUUUGCGAAUAAUCGCACCAACUGUUGUCACCUUCUCACCAAGCUGCUUGGCGAUGGUCUUGUAGCCCAUUCCAGCCUUGUGUAGGUCUACAAUCUUGUCCCUGACAUCCUUGGAGAGCUCUUUGGUCUUGGCCAUGGUGGAGAGUUUGGAAUCUGAUUGAUUAAAUACUUCUGUGGACAGGUGUCUUUUAUACAGGUAAAAAGCUGAGAUUAGGAGCACUCCCUUAAGAGUGUGCUCCUAAUCUCAGCUGGUUACCUGUAUAAAAGACACCUGGGAGCGAGAAAUCUUUCUGAUUGAGAGGGGGGUCAAAUACUUAUUUCCCUCAUUAAAAUGCAAAUCAAUUUAUAACAUUUAUUUCUGUUUUUUUUUGUUGUUAUUCUGUCUCUCACUGUUCAAAUAAACCUACCAUUAAAAUUAUAGACUGAUCAUUUCUUUGUCAGUGGGCAAACGUACAAAAUCAGCAGGGGAUCAAAUACGUUUUUCCCUCACUGUAUAUGCAUGUGUGUGCUCGUGUGUUUAAAACUCCUCACCCUGCUCUUCCUCUUCCAGGACUACCCGUCACUGGCUCUGAUCACAGAGAAGAUGUCAGAGAACAACAUCAACCUCAUCUUUGCUGUCACCAGUCCUGUGGUGCCCCUCUACCAGGUCAGUAACAAUUAAUUCAUCCAUCCAACCAACCAAUCAAUCACAUUUGAUUUACAGUGUCCUUGGAAAGUUUCCACCAAUCUUCACAUGUUUUGACUUACAAUGGAAUUAAAAUGUAUUCAAUUAUUUGUUUGACAGAACUACAGUGAGCUGAUUCCUGGGACCACUGUGGGCACCCUGUCCAAUGACUCAGGCAAUGUCAUCCAGCUCAUAUUGAAUGCCUAUGCGGUGAGUGGGCCUGCGUGUGUGUGCGUGUGUGUGUGUCUGUGUUUGUGUCUGUGUGUGUGUCUGCGUGUGGGUAGGUGCGUGCAUGAGUCUCUGUGUGUGUGUGUAUGUGUUUGUAUCUACAGUGCCUUCAGAAAUAUUCACACCCCUUGACCUUUUCCACAUUUUGUUGUGUUACAGCCUGAAUUUCGAUUUUUUUGUCACUGGCCUACACACAAUAACCCAUAAUGUCGAAGUGGAAUUAUGUUUUUAGAAAUCUUUACAAAUUAAUACAAAAUUAAAAGCUGAAAUCUCUUGAGUCAUUAAGUAUUCAACUCCUUUGUUAUGGCCAGCCUAAAUAAGUUCAGUAAAAAUGUGCUUAACAAGUUACAUCAUAAGUUGCAUGGACUCACUCUGUGUGCAAUAAUAGUGUUUAACAUGAGUUUUGAAUGACUACCUCAUCUCUGUACCCCACCCAUACAAUUAUUUGUAAGGUCCCUCAGUCAAGCAGUGAAUUUCAAACAGAGAUUCAAUCACAAAGACCAGGGAGGUUUUCCAAUGCCUCGCAAAGAAGGGCACCUAUUGGUAAAUGGGUUAAAAAAAAAAGCAAGCAUUGAAUAUCCCUUUGAGCAUGGUGAAGUUAUUAAUUACACUUUGGAUGGUGUAUCAAUACACCCAGUCACAGAUACAGGCGUCCUUCCUAACUCAGUUGUCGGAGAGGAAGGAAACCGCUUAGGGAUUUCACCAUGAUGCCAAUGGUGACUUUAACACUGUUAUAGAGUUUAAUGGCUGUGAUAGCAGAAAACUGAGAAUGGAUCAACAACCUUGUAGUUAAUCCACAAUACUAACCUAAUUGACAGAGCGAAAAGAAGGAAGCCUGUACAGAAUAAAAAUAUUCCAAAACAUACAUUCUGUUUGCAACAAGGCACUAAAGUAAUACUGCAAAAAAAUGUGGCAAAGCAAUUAACUUUUUGUCCCGAAUACAAAAUGUUAUGUUUGGGGCAAAUCCAAUACAACACAUUACUGAGUACCACUCUCCAUAUUUUCAAGCAUAGUGGUGGCUGCAUCAUGUUAUCAAAUCAAAAUAAAAUGUUAUUUAUCACAUGCGCCGAAUACAACUGGUGUAGACUUUACAGUGAAAUGCUUGCUUACAAACUUUUCCCAACGAUGCAGAGUUUAAAAAAAGUAUUUUAAAAAAUAAUACAAUAGUAACUAACACAAGAGGAAUAAAAUAGAAUGGAGCUAUAUACAGUACCAGCUAUAUACAGUGGGGGGAAAAAGUAUUUAGUCAGCCACCAAUUGUGCAAGUUCUCCCACUUUAAAUGAUGAGAGAGGCCUGUAAUUUUCAUCAUAGGUACACGUCAACUAUGACAGACAAACUGAGGGGGAAAAAUCCAGGAAAUCACAUUGUAGGAUUUUUUAUGAAUUUAUUUGCAAAUUAUGGUGAAAAUAAGUAUUUGGUCACCUACAAACAAGCAAGAUUUCUGGCUCUCACAGACCUGUAACUUCUUCUUUAAGAGGCUCCUCUGUCCUCCACUCGUUACCUGUAUUAAUGGCACCUGUUUGAACUUGUUAUCAGUAUAAAAGACACCUGUCCACAACCAAACAGUCACACUCCAAACUCCACUAUGGCCAAGACCAAAGAGCUGUCAAAGGACACCAGAAACAAAAUUGUAGACCUGCACCAGGCUGGGAAGACUGAAUCUGCAAUAGGUAAGCAGCUUGGUUUGAAGAAAUCAACUGUGGGAGCAAUUAUUAGGAAAUGGAAGACAUACAAGACCACUGAUAAUCUCCCUCGAUCUGGGGCUCCACGCAAGAUCUCACCCCGUGGGGUCAAAAUGAUCACAAGAACGGUGAGCAAAAAUCCCAGAACCACACGGGGGGACCUAGUGAAUGACCUGCAGAGAGCUGGGACCAAAGUAACAAAGCCUACCAUCAGUAACACACUACGCCGCCAGGGACUCAAAUCCUGCAGUGCCAGACGUGUCCCCCUGCUUAAGCCAGUACAUGUCUAGGCCCGUCUGAAGUUUGCUAGAGUGCAUUUGGAUGAUCCAGAAGAGGAUUGGGAGAAUGUCAUAUGGUCAGAUGAAACCAAAAUAGAACUUUUUGGUAAAAACUCAACUCGUCGAGUUUGGAGGACAAAGAAUGCUGAGUUGCAUCCAAAGAACACCAUACCUACUGUGAAGCAUGGGGGUGGAAACAUCAUGCUUUGGGGCUGUUUUUCUGCAAAGGGACCAGGACGACUGAUCCGUGUAAAGGAAAGAAUGAAUGGGGCCAUGUAUCGUGAGAUUUUGAGUGAAAACCUCCUUCCAUCAGCAAGGGCAUUGAAGAUGAAACGUGGCUGGGUCUUUCAGCAUGACAAUGAUCCCAAACACACCGCCCGGGCAACGAAGGAGUGGCUUCGUAAGAAGCAUUUCAAGGUCCUGGAGUGGCCUAGCCAGUCUCCAGAUCUCAACCCCAUAGAAAAUCUUUGGAGGGAGUUGAAAGUCCGUGUUGCCCAGCGACAGCCCCAAAACAUCACUGCUCUAGAAGAGAUCUGCAUGGAGGAAUGGGCCAAAAUACCAGCAACAGUGUGUGAAAACCUUGUGAAGACUUACAGAAAACGUUUGACCUGUGUCAUUGCCAACAAAGGGUAUAUAACAAAGUAUUGAGAAACUUUUGUUAUUGACCAAAUACUUAUUUUCCACCAUAAUUUGCAAAUAAAUUCAUUAAAAAUCCUACUAUGUGAUUUUCUGGGGGAAAAAAUCUCAUUUUGUCUGUCAUAGUUGACGUGUACCUAUGAUGAAAAUUACAGGCCUCUCUCAUCUUUUUAAGUGGGAGAACAUGCACAAUUGGUGGCUGACUAAAUACUUUUUUUCCCCACUGUACCAGUACCAGAUCAAUGUGCAGAGGUACAAGGUACUUGAGGUAGAUAUGUACAUAAAGGCAGGGUAAAGUGACUACGCAUCCGGAUAGAUAAUAAUAAGAGUAAAAUAAAGAACAGAGUAGCAGCAGCAAAUGACGAGUGUGAAAGUGAGUGUGUGUAUGUAUGUUUGUUUGUGUUGUGUCGGUAUGUGUGUGUGUAUGUAGUGUUUGAAUGUGUUAGGGAUUUGUGUGGGAGCGACAGUGUAGUGUGUGUGUGUGUGAGUGUCUACAUAUAUAUGGUGUGUAUAUAAAGUCUAGUGAGUGGGUGUAGGGUCAGUGCAAGAUAGAGUCAGUGCAGAUAGUUUGGGUACCAUUAAUUGACUAUUGACUAUUUAGCAGUCUGGCUAUUUAGCAGUCUGGCUAUUUAGCAGUCUGGCUAUUUAGCAGUCUGGCUAUUUAGCAGUCUGGCUAUUUAGCAGUCUUAUGGCUUGGGGGUAGACACUGUCUUAGAGCCUGUUGGUCCGAGAGCCGAUGCUCCGGUACUGUUUGCCAGACGGUAGCAGAGUGAACAGUCUAUGGCUUGGGUGGCUGGAGUCUUAGGCAAUUUUUUUGGGCCUUCCUCUGACACUGCAAGCCCUGCCACAUACGACGAGCGUCGUAGCCGGUGUAAUAGGUUUCCACCUUCCUCCUAUUGUCAUUUUGCAUGUUUGAUGUCUCGUCGGAGGACGUAGUGGGAUUUCUUGUAUACGUCCAUGUCUGUGUCCCAUUUAUUGUAAGCUGGUAGCUCUAGCCUUUAGCCCAGUGUGGAUGUUGCCUGUAAUCCAUGGUUUUUGGUUGGAAUACGUUCUUAUAGUCACUGUGGGAAUGACAUCGUCUAUGCCCUAUUGAUUAUUGAUGAAGCCCGUGACUGUUGUGGUAAACUCCUCAAUGUUAUCGGAUUAAUCCUGGAACAUAUCCCAGUCUGUACUAAGGACUGGGAAGUUUUUCAGGAUAAAAAAUAAAUGGAAUGGAGCUAAGCAGAGGCAAAAUUCUAGAAGAAAACCUGGUUCAGUCUGCUUUCCACCAGACACUGGGAGAUGAAUUCACCUUUCAGCAGGACAAUAACCUAAAACACAAGGUCAAAUCUACACUGGAGUCGCUUACCAAGAAGACAGUGAAUGUUCCCGGCUGGCCAAGUUACGAUGUUGACUUAAAUCUGCUUGAAAAUCUAUGGCAAGACCUGAAAAUGGUUGUCUAGCAAUGAUCAACAACCAAUUCAACAGAGCUUGAAGAAUUUUGAAAAUAAUAAUAGGCAAAUGUUGCACAAUCCAGGUGUGGAAAGCUCUUAGAGACUUACCCAGAAAGACUCAUAGCUGUAAUGGCUGCAAAGGUGAUUCUAACAUGUAUUGACUCAGGGGGUUGAAUACUUAUCCAAUCAAGACAUAUUAGUGUUUUAUGUUUCAUGUGUGUGUUUUAUGGCUUGUUUCAUCUGUGUGUAUUUCUGCGGACAGAAAAUCCGCUCGGUGAUUGACAUGGAGACACAGGGGGUACCUGAGGAGCUGUCUCUAUCCUUCAGCGCCACCUGUCUCAAUGGAGAGGUCAUCCCUGGCAUCAAGUCCUGCUCUGGACUCAAGAUAGGAGACACGGUAAGAGGGCUUUUUCCCCUCUCUUUUAACUGUUCCUCCUAUCACUUCAUCUUUCCUUAUUUUUUCUCCUUUUCCUGAGAGGUCAUCCCUAGCCUAUACGCUCCUGCUAGACUCAAAAUAGAAGACAUGGUCCUCUCCGGAGCCCUUAACAAAUAAUACUUUUUAAAAAAUAAAAAAUGUAUGCACCCUUCCCUCCUCUCUUCCUUGAAGUAAAUCACUGAUCUAGCACAAAUUGAUAGAUUAGGAAGGGUUCCAUUAAAACACUUUCACCUAGCUAGUCAUGUCAGAUCAAUGAUUACUUCAAGGAAGGGACGAAGGAAGGGUGUAUUUUUUAAGGAUUCAAACAGGGUCAAGGAACUCUAUACUCUCUUUUCUCACUCCGUCCUUAUUAUUAUUUCAUUUUCCUGAGAGGUCAUUACGGAUCUGCAUGCGCUCCUCCAGGGAGCUUGCUUCCUUCCCUCUUUUAUUCUCUUUAUUUGUUUUCUCCUAUUAUGGGGGAGGGGGUACAUUUCUUUCUUUCGCCUUGUCAUUUGAUGGGUGUGUUACUCAUGUGUGUGUGUGUGUGUGUGUGUGUGUGUGUGUGUGUUUGUCUGUGUGUGUGUGUGUUUGUCUGUGUGUGUGUCUGGGCCUGGCACCAGCCCGUUUCCUGCACACUGCCCCAGUGCUCUGACUCACUCGUGCCAGCCUCAUGAUCCAUGUCCAACUGUCUAGCUUAGGACAGUCACACACGCGCACUCGCAUGUGGAGGGGGUCAGUCAUAUACACACAGAAAACAUCCGAAAAGAGAGAUGCUCAUAUACACUGCACACUUCUCAUAUACUCAUAGACACCCGCAGUCCCGCACCCAAGACACACACACUUAACUUACUAAACAAAAAAACACACUAAACAUCCCCUUCUCUAGAACCACAUAUUCACAUUACACAUUCCUCCUGUGUGCUACCCAUCUACUCACUGUCCUAACCUCUUCUACCUCCACUCCUCCUCCCUUCUACUUCUCCACUCCUCCACCCAGGUCUCCUUCAGCGUGGAGGCGCGGGCGCGCGGCUGCCCCAAGGACAAGCGCAAGACAUUCGUCAUCAAGCCUGUGGGCUUCAAGGACUCUCUGACCGUCACCGUCACCUUCGAGUGCGAGUGCAAGUGCCAGGCCCACGCCCAGCCACUCAGCCCUGUCUGUAACAAUGGCAACGGCACCUACGAGUGCGGCAUCUGCCUGUGUCACCCGGGGCGACUGGGGCCGCGGUGCGAGUGUGCCGAGGGUGACUACAGCGCCAAGGAACAGGACCGGUGUAGUGUUCCCUCCACCGGGGGCAUUGGGGGGGCAGGGGGUCCUGGGGCAGCGGUGUGCACUGGGAGGGGCGACUGCGUGUGCGGCCAAUGCGUGUGCCACAGCAGCGACUUUGGCAAGGUGUGGGGCAAGUUGUGCGAGUGCGAUGACUUCAACUGCCUGCGCUACAAGGGCGAGCUGUGCUCAGGUGAGAGUAGAGGGAAGGAGGGAGGAUGGGAAGAUGGGGUUUCAAAGUGCUUAUAACUACAGCCCAGACUUUUUCCUGGUCUGGUCACGUGUUUACAUUUCAGUUAGCUGGAAAUUUAUUUCCGGCAAGUUCUGUAACUGUAUAGGUAUUUCAGUGUUUUUGCCCUAUAAUCUUUCAUCACAAUCUGACCUUUAAUGUGGUGGGAUUUACCUUCAGACAACUUCUAUAACACUAUUUCCCAAGAUAAACUUAGACAUUCUCAGAAGAAAUUCAGUUGUUUCUGUCAGAGUUUCUAGGGAAAAAUCUUUAAGCUUUUUCCAGGCCAGUAUUAGCCAUCCUCAAUCCCCACCUUACUGGGAGGAAUUACCAACAAUAACAGCCAGCCAGCCAGCCAGCCAGUCUCUCUCUCUCUCUCUCUCUCUCUCUCGCUCUCUCUCUCUUGCUCUCUCUCUCUCUGUUCUGCUAACUCUCUCUCUCUCGCUCUCUCUCUGUUCUGCUAACUCUCUCUCUCUCUCUCUCUCUCUCUCUCUCUCUCUCUCUGUUCUGCUAAGGGCUAGCUCCAUUCACAACAACCAUGUGGCUCUGUGCUGUGUGCCGCAGCUGUGUGGGCUAAGCCAUGCGUUCGACGGGUGUGUUUGUGUUUGAGCUGAGCUCCUGAGGUAAUGAUAGAACAAGUGCCUGCCAAGCUCAGACUUUGCAUAUGUCGCGUAGAAAGAACAAGUAGUUAAAGGUUUAUUGUUUGUGUGUAAGUAGUUAGUGUGGGUUGAGUUUUAUCUAAAAAGGCUAAUCAUGCUUAUGUCAAGUAUUACAAUACAUUAUAACUGCACCACAAGUUUAAGAAAGCUUUAAGUAAUGUGUUAACAGUAGUUCUUACAGUAAGUAGUUAGUGUGGUGUCAAUUUGAGCUUCAGUUUGGGUGGUUCAACGAAAGCACAUUUCUAAUGUAUGACCAUCCUUAGAGUUUAGCUCUAAUGGUUGAGGUCAUUAACUGUAAGCGAUGCCAGAGUGGCUGCCUUGUGAGGUAAGGCGAAAAGGCUACUGAACACAGGGAACACAUGUAAAGGCCUACAUUAUCUGUGCCCCUUUCAAAUAGUGGAUUAAGGCCUUCUGUAAUGCUGGAUUUGGGGUACUGUAAAUCUAUUCACUUUUAGGCCAGUGCUCUGAUAACUCUUGAUUUAAAGCAUUACAUUCACUGAAAUCCACUCACAAGCACUAAGUCACUAGCUUGUAUCCCAUAUUCCUGUAUCCCCUUAUAACCAACAUCAUCACUGCAAAACAUGUACUCUGCCUGCUUAGUCGUACAUUUACCCUCUCCAAUCCAAUUCUCACAACCUUAUUUGCUCUAUUUCCCAAUGUGCAAUGAUAAUCGAGAAAAUACCUAUCUGCUUUGUCAUUGGCUGAUGCUGUCAUAGAGCUAAAAAUAAACCUGGUCUGGUGUGUGUAUCUGCGUAUGUGUGUUGUGUAUUGUUCAGAGUGGGGAACAAUGCCCGCUUACCAGUUUUAGAGAGAAGCAGUUAGAGAAUGGCAUAAUGACAGGAGAGUGGUGGUUGGAAGGCUUGUGGUUUCCUUAAUGUAUGUUUUUGACUAGUCAUUUUGUUAUCGAGGCGGUUCACUCACUCGCGUUCAUUGUUUUCCUGUCUUAUUGUUUAGCUGGAGUCUGGUUUGUGGUGAUAUACCAACAACAACAGAUGUAUGUUCUGCACUGUCACUGUCAUACUGGCACUGGGACCAAAAUAACACACACAUACACACACACACACACACACACACACACACACACACACACACAGAGGCAAAAAAAGCACCCAGACACCGCUGACACAUCAUGUUCUAGAGAAACAACAAUGGAAUUAGUUCCACUUCCAGCGCUCCGACUAUUACAGAAACAGGACUUGCUACCUCCCAGUAUUUGGCUUUAAAUUCCUGGAAUUCCUCACCAUUCCAAUCCCAUUUUUCUUUUUUUUUUAUCAGAUGGAUUUAGGGUGCAUUAGCGAUUUUUGAUAACACGCAAGUAUGCUUUAUAGGGUUCAAUGCAUUGCGUCCAAAAUGGUACCCUAUUCCCUAUUGAGUGCACUACUUUUGACCAGUGCCCACUUUUGACCGGGCCCAUAGGGCUCUGGUGAAAAGUAGUGCACUAUAUAGGGAAUAGAGUGCCAUUUGGAACAUGUGUGGAAUGUAUGGCAAAUCUCCUUAUGUAACCAAUGAUUUAUCAUAUAUGUUAUCAAGAGAUUGGAAAUGCAAAUAGAUUGUUGAUGAAAAGACUGUAUUCAACAUGGUUCAGAAAUAGUGUUCAUUCGUACCAAUCUCUAAUGUCACAUUCACUGGGAUUCAUCAAAAAGUACACAGAAAUAUUAUGAACUUCUGUAAAUAUAUUAUAGGAAGAACACAUUUGAGACUAUAGUCACCUGAACGAUUACCCAUGUUUUGGCUUUCUCCUCCCCCUCUCAACUUUCCACCCUUCCUUCUCCCUUAACCCUACUCACCUUCCUCGUCUCCCUCGCCUCUCUCACCUUCCUGUCUUUGCUAUACCCUAUUCUUCUUCUUCUCCUCUUCCCUCUAUCCUUCCCUCACCCCCAUCACCCAUAUUUCUGCAUCCUCCGUUUCCUCCUCCCCCAUUACUUCCUUCCUUCCCUCUCUCUCUCCUCCCCAGGCCACGGCACCUGUGACUGUGGGUUCUGCCAGUGUGACUCGGACUGGCAGGGGGAGAACUGUAACUGCUCCCGCCGUACUGACACCUGUAUGUCCAGCCUUGGCCUGCUGUGUAGCGGCCGGGGCCAGUGUGUUUGCGGGGCCUGCGAGUGCACCCAGCCGGGGGCCUACGGGGCCACCUGCGACAAGUGCCCCACCUGCCCCGAUGCCUGCACCAUGAAGAAGUGAGUGCGGUAUCCACACACACUCACAGACAGACAGACACACACACACACACACAGGAGACGUCUACAGUGUCGUGCCUAAGAUAAAGUGCUGUACAGUUCAACUCAGGCUAAACUGACUCGCAGACAGUUGAGUCAUUGA